CCACUUUGCAAUCUGAACGAUGUCCAUUUUGUGAAAGCCGGUCAGCCGACUAAAGCUUCGUCCCCGUGUCAAGGAAGAUUCAAAGAAAAACAUAAUUUGGGCAGACCCGUCGAUCGCUAGCCAGUUAUCAUCCGAAAGCAAAGUCAAUCUUAUCGUAUGUCCGCUAUCCAGAACCUCCAAACUUUCGACCCAUUUGCAGAUGCAACUAAGGGUAAUGACAGACUCCCAUCUGGGACUGACGACUACAUCCACAUAAGAAUCCAGCAGCGUAACGGCAGGAAGACUCUGACCACGGUCCAGGGCAUAGCCAUUGACUAUGAUAAGAAGAAGCUAGUCAAGGCCUUUAAGAAGAAAUUUGCCUGCAAUGGGACAGUGAUUGAGCACCCAGAGUAUGGGGAAGUAAUUCAGCUGCAAGGUGACCAGCGCAAGAAUAUCUGCACGUUUCUGAUUGAGAUUGGCCUGGCGAAAGAGGAGCAGCUCAAGGUCCACGGAUUCUAGAAGCUCUCAGCAGCCUCAUCUCCCCUGGUCCUGAUACACUACAUGGCCAAAAUUAUGUGGACACCCCUUCAAAUUAGUGGAUUUGGCUAUUUCGGCCACACCCAUUGCUGACCGGUGUAUAAAAUAGAACACGCCAUCCAAUCUCCAUAGACAAACAUUGGCAGUAGAAUGGUCCGUACUGAAGAGCUCAGUGAUUUUCAACGUGGCACCGUCAUAGGAUGCCACCUUUCCAACAAGUCAGUUCGUCAAAUUUCUGCCUUGCUAGAGCUGCCCCGGUCAACUGUAAGUGCUGUUAUUGUGAAGUGGAAACGUCUAGGAGCAACAACGGUUCAGCCGAGAAGUGGCAGGCCGCACAAGCUCACAGAAGGGGAUCGCCAAGUGCUGAAGCAAGUAGCAUGUAAAGAUCGUCUGUCCUCGGUUGCAACACUUACUACUGAGUUCCAAACUGCCUCUGGAAGCAACGUCAGCACAAUAACUGUUCGCCGGGAGCUUCAUGAAAUGGGUUUCCAUGGCCGAGCAGCCGCACACACGCCUCAGAUCACCAUGCGCAAUGCGAAGCGUCGACUGGAGUGGUGUAAAGCUCACCGCCAUUGGACACUGGAGCAGUGGAAACACAUUCUCUGGAGUGAUGAAUCACGCUUCACCAUCUGGCAGUCCGAUGGGCGAAUCUGGGUUUGGCGGAUGCCAGGAGAACGCUACCUGCCCGAAUGCAUAGUGCCAACUGUAAAGUUUGGUGGGGAAGGAAUAAUGGUCUGGGGCUGUUUUUCUUGGUUUGGACUAGGCCCCUUAGUUCCAGUAAAGGGAAAUCUUAACGCUGCAGCAUACAAUGAAAUUCUAGAUGAUUCUGUGCUUCCAACUUUGUGGCAACAGUUUGGGGAAGGCCCUUUCCUGUUUCAGCAUGAUAAUGCCCCCAUGCACAAGGCGAGGUCCGUACAGGACUGGUUUGUUGAGCUCGGUGUGGAAGAACUUGACUGGCCUGCACAGAGCCCUGACCUCAACCCCAUCGAACACCUUUGGGAUGAAUUGGAACGCCGACUGAGAGCCAGGCCUAA